UCAGUUUCACCGUUUCACGCAGUUUCUAUCUUAAUUACGUUUAGAUGCGUUUGUGUCAAAUUGGUGGAUAAUUGUGAAAGCUAUCUUCGUGCUUCGAGCACGAAUUUACAUAAACUUUAUCUACGCAGAUAGUCAAAGUUUCAGGUGAAAUCUGUAACAAAAUUCUGUAAUUUACUUAACAUUAAAUAUGUUUGGACAAACUGGAAAUACAUCAUUCAGUGGAUUUAGUACAGCGACGCAAAACAGUCCGUUUGGGCAAUCUGCAUUUAGUAAAUCCAUUACUACAACAAGUUUUGGUAGUGGCGCAACACCUGUCUUUGGUAGUAGCAAUACUUCAUCACUCUUUAGUUCUAAACCCACAGGUUCUACCACAGGUGGCUUGUUUGGAAAUACCACAACACCACCGGCAUUUAGACAGCCAACUAACACUCAGUCUUUUGGAGGUUUUGGGACAACAAAUACAAGUACCAAUCUUUUCGGUACCCAACAAAAUGCUGGUACGAAUCUUUUCGGUACAAGUACAGGAACUUCGGCAUUUGGUCAAGCGAACAAACCUGGUUUUAACUUUGGCACAACAUCUGGAACUAAUCUAUUUGGACAACCACAACAGAAUGCACAGCAAACUACUCCGUUUGGUCAAACCAAUACCACCACAAAUACAAAUCUUUUUGGUACAACAACAGGUUUUGGCAAUACUAACCCCACUACUAUACCAGCUGGUACCGCUGUGAAAUUCACACCUGUCAUUACAACUGAUUCUAUGUCAAAAAAUGGAAUAUCACACAGCAUUUCAGCCCGUCACUGUUGCAUUGCAUCUAUGAAGGAAUAUGAAUCUAAAUCAUACGAGGAGUUACGUUUUGAAGAUUAUCAACUUGGAAGAAAAGGUCCACAAACAGGUCUUUUUGGGACAUCGGCGCAGACAUCACCGUUUGGUAGCGCAGCAGCUGGUACUAGCACAGCUGGAACAGGAUUUGGAUCAAUGACUGGAGGAUUUGGUACUACUAGCCAAUCAGGAUCAACUGGACUAUUUGGAAAACCUAUUAGUAAUUUUGGGACACCAGCAACUACAACAACAAAUAGUUUUGCAUUUAAUUCUACGCCCACCACAAAUUUGUUUGGUACUAAUACUCAAACAAAGCCAUUUGGUACAGCUGCCCCGACGCCGCUUUUUGGCACUAGUAGCACUAAUCAAACUGCUGGAACAGGUUUUGGUAGCAUUAAUACUGGACAAAAUACAGGAUUUGGAUCUACAUUUGGUUCCACACCACCUAAUCAGAGCAUUGGAUUGUUCAAUCAGAACAAAUCUGCUUUUAAUAUUCCAUCGACGUCGACUAGUGCCGUCUUUACUGGUUUUGGUCAACCGGCUACAAAUACCACCACACCAUUAUUUGGUAACAAAACUACUACUACAGGAUUUGGAACAACAUCUACGUUUGGUGCAGCUGCGUCUUCCACAUUCGGAACUAAUACAGGUUUUAAUUCUGGCACUAAUGCUGGGUCUUCAUUGUUCAACUCGUCUUUUAAACCGGCUGGACAAACAUCAGGGUUUUCAUUCGGAACUACACCUGCGUCUUCAAGUGGACUUGGCACGAGUACUGGUUUAAAUUUGAGCGGUGGUUCUUCAUUAUUUGGGCAACAAAAGCCAGGCAGUUUGUUUGGAAAUGCUGGAAAUAAUACAACGUUUAACACUUCCGGAACAUUUGGUUCUUCUACUUUUGGAACGACCUCUAAUAUGAUAUCUGGAACAGGAAUGAGCUCGCUCAGCGGAGGAAUGGCAAACCAAACUAAAACAAACGGUUCAGUACCAGUACAUCAGCAAAUUUUGGCUCUCGUUUCUGCACCAUUCGGUGAUUCACCAUUAUUGAAGAAUCUUUUACCAGCAUCUGGGAAGACUGAGGAACUUUUAAAACCUACAAAUCCAGCAUCGAAAGUAUUGAACAGUCCGCAAUAUAGAGUUACUGCAAAUAAUAAAUCUCCGAAAAUUAAAGCUAGAGUUGUCAGUUCUACACAACUAUCUAAGAAAUCUUUGUUUGAUGGUCUCGAAGAAGAGGAUCCCGUGAUAACCGAGGCUUUUCAACCUCGGCCAAGUGCAAAACGUUUAGUAUUACGACCGAAAUUAGCGACAAAUUCUUCGAUUCAAUCUCCCAUAGAAAAUGUGGAAUCCGUGACAAAUGAUACCGCAGAUGAUAGGACAGAUACAAAUAUAAUACAUAGUAACAAUAUUGAAGUCAGUGACAAAGAAAAUCACAGCCAAGAUAAUAAUCGAUUUGCGAAUGAUCGACGAUCAUCUACAUCUUGGUUAAAGUCAACACUUCCGCGGAAGAAUAAAAUUUCAAAUGAUGAAUUGCUUGAGGGGCAGCAAUCACCCUUUUCUGGAACAAAUGUAUCCGAAGAGAUGAAUAAUACAGUGGUCGAAUUAAGAACGCAAAAUAAUAUAUCAAAUCAUUCAGAACCGAUUAAUUUGAUCGAAGUGCCACUAAAUUCUACUUUUGAUGAGAAAAAUUCUGUGAAUCUUACCAUGCAAAGUGCAGAAUCCGGCCAGGAAACGGAUGAAAAUUCAUUUUCGAUGUUACAAUCAAACUGGUCUAUGAACAUGGCUAAAGUUACAUUACGACGAGCAGGCUAUUAUACCAUUCCAUCGCUCGAUAAACUAGACGAUUUCGUUUGCGGCGAGACGUGCAUCGUACCGAACUUUACCAUCGGCCGUGAGGGUUAUGGCAACGUAUACUUUCCGGAUUCGUUUGAUAUUUAUGGCUUGAAUCUUGAUGAAAUCGUACAUUUUCGUCAUAAAGAGGUGAUUAUUUAUCCCGACGAUGAGAAGAAGCCACCAGUGGGACAAGGCCUGAAUCGAAAGGCACAGGUCACCUUGGAUAAGGUAUGGCCGCAUGACAAAUCGCUGCAUGAGCCGAUUAUGGAUCCACAGCGACUCGCCGCGAUGAACUACGAAGGGAAAUUACGUAGAGUAUCCGCGAAGCACGACACCCGUUUCCUCGAGUAUCGGCCGGAAACUGGCUCAUGGGUAUUCAAGGUCGACCACUUUUCCAAGUAUGGUCUCAGUGAUUCAGACGAGGAUGACAAUCAGAUCCCGUCAACUUCAGAAGCAAAAAAAUUGAAGGGAUUCUCCACGGCCAUACAAAAGGGCAAGCUGGUUGAUCCAUCGACGGUGAUAAAUAAGGAAGCGAUCAAUGGAGCGAUCAAUGGAACGCUUGACGGUACGAAAAUCGGAAACAGCAAGCAUCUGAGUAUGAUCGAGAGCAAUUUUUUAGGAAAGGUCCCAAUUGACCAUUUUACCUACAACGAUCACAAUUACGAGGAACGAGGAAUGAUCGUCAGUCCAGUCGAGGAAACUCCAUUUGGUUGUUCUGGCUUUGUUCCUGGAGAUUACAAUUACGAAAAACGAAUGACCAUUAGUCCGAUCGGUGAUAACGCUCGUGUAACCGGUACAGACAGUCAUAAGUUACAGCUUAUGAAAGCAAGCUUUUUCGACGUAAACGAUGAAGAUGUAAACGACGGAACAAGCAAUGGUAUUUUCUCUUCCGUACAGAAAACUUUGACAAGCUAUUUCCCAGAUAUUACAGAAAUCAAGAAUGACGAAGUUCCAUACAACGCUACGACUUUACGAGCGACUCUUAUCGCAAAUAAAGCACUAUCUGCGUGUCCGGAAAACGUGCUUUACACAUCGAGCAGAAAGUCACAUUUACCUUGUAUCGGUGUCAAAGACAAACAGUUUAUUGAAAAAGCUAUUCCACCACCUGUGAUUACACCAGUGACAAACGUGUUGAAGUAUCACUAUGAGGUUGUUCCGCUUGAAGAGUCCAGGUUGAAUAAGUUGCGAUUUCGUUGCGUUGCCGACACCGGUAUAUACAUGGGCAGGACGUUUCGACCAAGUUGGGGUGCCGGUCUGACAUUGUUAUCUCUGAGCACGCAGGAACAGGCAAUCAAGAUGCAACUAAAAAACACAUUUAGUCAAUUAAGCCGUUACGUCUCUGGUCGUCUGUCAGACGAUGUCUCAUCGACUGUAAUUGUUCAACGUUUACAGAUCGUAGGUGGUGACGAGUAUGACACGAAGAUGUUCAAGGAUAGUAUAGAAUGUCACUUGAGAAUCCAACUGGAUCAUUGCGUGAUGGGUCAUGAGGGAGACUGUCCCACGUUUGACGUAACGACUGACAGUGCGAACGAAGCGUUGCGAUUACAUUGUACGUUAGCGCAGGAUCUUGCUGAAAAGGAACAAAGACCAAGCGAGGAUGCCAAUGAUGAACAGAUGCAGUGUGGCAGCGCCACCGAAAGAUUAUAUCGUCAGUACGCGAGUAUUGUGUGGACUUUAUGCGUAGCACUCUGGGGAAAUUACAUCGAUCAAGACACAGCUAAUAACGCCAAUGAGGAACAUUAUAACGUCAUAGUGAGAAGAGAAGCCGUAGGCGAGUGGUUAAGGAAUGUGGUCCAGAAAACGAUCGAACGAGAGAUCAAAAACAUCGACAUUGUAACUAAGAAUUCUCACGAGAAAAUAAUAUUGUCGCUGCUUUCUGCUUGCAAACUGGAGGAUGCUUGUCAGGAAGCACGGAAAGCCGGAGAUCACUGUCUGGCAUUAUUGAUGGCGCAAUUACGAAGUGGUGCGACAGUCAAGAAACUGAUUAAACAACAACUUGCGUUAUGGCAAGAAACCGAUGUAGACGAACAUCUCACAAUUGAUCGUCUAAAGCUAUUCAUGUUGGUUGCGGGUGAACCGCUUAUCUCCAGCAAACACGGCACCAUUAAUGUGUGCGAGGAUCUGGACUGGAAGCGGGCAUUUGCCAUUCAUCUAUGGUAUUUGUCACCGCCAACUUCCUCGAUCACUGAUGCCUUAGAUCUCUAUGAAGCAUCUUUCAAUACAACGGAAGCUCAAGCGUACGCGGCAAUUCCUGAACCUGAGUAUAAAGAGAACGAUUACGACGCCGAGUUAAAUAACGGCAAACGGAUACACGAUCUCUGUUUUCAACUUUUAAAAUUGUAUUGCACGGGAAAUCAUGAUUUGGGCGAACUUCUGAAUCCACUAUCAUAUACCGCCAAUCCUUUGGAUUACAGAUUGAGUUGGUUGAUGCAACAAACACUCGUAGCUUUGGGCUACACGCAUCUCUCUGAUCAUGUUGCUGCAUUAACACAUACAAACUUUGCGACACAAUUGGAGGCACAUGGACUUUGGCAUUGGGCAAUAUUCGUAGUAUUACACCUACGAGAUUCGUCUAGGCGACGAAUUGCUGUGCAAGACUUGCUGUUACGUCACAUAGAAAUAGAGGACACUCCGGAAUACGUGAAGCAUGAGCAAUUCUUGAAAGAAGAGCUUGGUAUAUCAUUGGUUUGGAUUCAUCAAGCCAAAGCUAUUAAAAGUAGCAUCAAUAAGAGGUAUGGCGAAGCAGCUUGGUAUUACAUUCAGGCGGAACAGUGGACCCAAGCCCAUGAAAUUAUUAUAGAGCAUUUGGCAGCUGAUGCUAUAAUAAAUGAAAACUACGAAUAUUUGAAAUCAUUAUUAAGUUCACUAGUACCAAUUGAAUGUAGCAGCACGAUUAGCGGAUGGUCAUAUCAAGGACAGCUCUUAUGGGAAUAUAUGGAAAUAACUAGCGAGAUUCAGAGUCUGUUAAAAUCCGCUCCUGACUACUGUGGACUAACUUAUCAACUGGAAACUCUGAAACCUCGAUUAACGAACUUAUGUCAUAAAAUUGAUCAAUUCCCAUGUUUAACUGCUAAACAUAAAUUAUGCCAAGCUGAAAUUGCAAAAAGGACUCUACAUUUAGCUAGAAAUAUGCUAUUGCUGCAGAAAAAUGAGCAAAGAUCUGUCACGAAGUUAUUGGUCCGUCUGAUAUCUCAGUUACCAUUACCGGAAGAUUAUGCACAACAGGAACUGCGACCCAUCGUUAAUAUGCGUGUAACAGAAGUGAUGCCAUAAUGCGAAAUAAUAUAUAAGUUAAUUUAUCGGUCA